UCCUUUUUCAAAAUCAUCCAAAAAACCCUAAGCGACGCUCGAAUUCAAUUUUCACUUCCCAGAUAACAAAAUCACAAUUCACAAAACUUCUUCUUCUUCUUCUUCCAAUGGCUUCGAAAACAGCGGCUGCUAAAGACAUCAUCACUUUGCACGGAUCUGCUGCCAUCGUCAGCGAGUUCUUCUGUUACGCUGCGAACAGUAUUCUGUAUAAUCGUGCAGUGUAUCCAGAGGAGAGUUUUGUGAAAGUGAAGAAAUAUGGACUUCCGAUGUUACUUAUUGAAGAUGAAUCCGUCAAAUCAUUCAUGUCAAAUCUCACUUCUCAGAUCUCCGAAUGGCUUGAAGCUGGGAAGUUGCAGAGAGUAGUGUUAGUGAUAAUGAGCAAAGCUACAGGUGAAGUCUUGGAGAGGUGGAACUUUCGUAUUGAGACUGAUGAUGAAGUUGUUGAGAAAGGUGUGUCGAGGGAGAAAUGUGAUAAGGAGAUCAUGAGAGAGAUACAAGCUAUUAUGAGACAGGUUGCUUCAAGUGUUACUUACUUGCCUUGUCUUGAUGAAACAUGCGUGUUUGAUGUAUUGGCGUAUACGGACACGGACGUGGCUGUUCCAUUCACCUGGGUUGAAAGCGAUCCCAAGUUGAUUGCUAAUCCACAGAUGGUUAAGCUACAUGGUUUUGAUACCAAGAUUCACAAGGUCGACACCCUUGUUUCAUACAAGAACGACGAGUGGGAUGAAGAAGAGUAACUUAAGUUGGUACACACGUAUGCAAGGUUCUUUGUUCAGCUUGCGUUUAUCUCUUUGGGAAUUCUCUCUAAUGUUCUGAAGGCACGUGAAUCCUUUAUUCACACCUAUGGUCGUUUUCUCUUCUCUUCUUUCUGCAUUGUAUGAGAAUCCUGUACUUGUGUUGUGUUUUGUUCAAAAGUUGCUCCUUCACUGUC